ACGUCCGCCAUUUUGGGCGCUUCGCUGAUGGUGUCGGUGAGCGCGUUUCCCGCCUGAGCGCAACUAGCGGCGAGUCGCGGGCACCUCCAGGUGGACGGAAUGAGUCCUUGGAUGUACCUGUGUGUCCUGACGUUUCAACCUCGGAGCUUCGUGUAAUUUUCUCGGUGGUACAGGAUGGCUAGAGUGGCCUGGAGUUGUGUACUUCCCUUUCCUCAUGCGGAAGGUUAGAGGGGGCUGGAGUUGGAUAUUUCCCUUCCUCCAGGGGAACUUCUGUUUCAUGUGCACCAUCCCGCUUUAUUCUGCUAAUCUGCUAAUGCAGUAAAUUGGAAGACAACCGUUGCCAGGAUAACCUGUAAUGGGCAAGGAGCCACAGAAAAGAAAACAUUUCUUUUAAUUUUUAAACUUGGUUUGAAAGAGCAGCAUGUUUUGGAAAUUUGAUCUUCACUCAUCAUCCCACAUAGACACACUUCUAGAAAGAGAAGAUGUAACACUGAAGGAGUUGAUGGAUGAGGAAGAUGUUUUACAAGAAUGUAAAGCUCAGAACCGCAAACUUAUAGAGUUCCUGUUAAAAGCAGAAUGUCUCGAAGAUUUAGUCUCAUUCAUUAUUGAAGAACCACCUCAAGACAUGGAUGAAAAGAUCAGAUACAAGUAUCCAAAUAUAUCUUGUGAGUUGCUCACUUCUGAUGUCUCCCAGAUGAAUGAUAGACUGGGAGAAGAUGAAUCCUUGCUAAUGAAAUUGUAUAGCUUCCUCCUAAACGAUUCCCCCUUGAACCCACUACUUGCCAGUUUCUUCAGCAAGGUGCUAAGUAUUCUUAUCAGCAGAAAACCAGAACAGAUUGUGGAUUUCCUAAAGAAGAAACGUGACUUUGUGGACCUUAUUAUGAAGCACAUAGGAACAUCGGCCAUCAUGGACUUGUUGCUCAGGCUCCUGACUUGCAUUGAGCCCCCACAGCCCAGGCAGGAUGUGCUGAAUUGGUUAAAUGAGGAGAAAAUUAUCCAGAGGCUUGUGGAAAUAGUUCAUCCAUCGCAAGAAGAAGAUCGGCAUUCAAAUGCAUCACAGUCACUUUGUGAAAUUGUUCGCCUGAGCAGAGACCAGAUGUUACAAAUUCAGAACAGUACAGAACCAGACCCCCUGCUUGCCACUCUAGAAAAGCAAGAAAUCAUAGAGCAGCUCCUAUCAAAUAUUUUCCACAAGGAGAAGAAUGAAUCGGCCAUAGUCAGCGCAGUCCAGAUAUUGUUGGCUUUACUUGAGACACGGCGACCAACAUUUGAAGGCCAUAUAGAGAUCUGCCCACCAGGCAUGAGUCAUUCAGCUUGUUCGGUCAACAAGAGCGUUCUAGAAGCCAUCCGAGGAAGACUUGGAUCUUUUCAUGAACUCCUGCUUGAGCCACCCAAGAAAAGUGUGAUGAAGACUACGUGGGGCGUGCUGGACCCUCCCGUGGGGAACACCCGGUUGAAUGUGAUUAGGUUGAUAUCCAGCCUCCUCCAAACAAAUACCAGCAGUAUCAACGGGGACCUUAUGGAGCUGAAUAGCAUUGGGGUCAUAUUGGACAUGUUCUUCAAAUACACAUGGAAUAACUUUUUACACACACAAGUGGAAAUCUGUAUUGCACUGAUUCUUGCAAGUCCUUUUGAAAACACAGAAAAUAGCACAAUUACUGAUCAAGACUCCACUGGUGACAAUUUGUUAUUGAAACAUCUCUUUCAAAAAUGUCAAUUGAUAGAACGAAUACUUGACGCCUGGGAAAUGAACGAGAAGAAACAAGCCGAAGGAGGAAGACGGCAUGGCUACAUGGGACACCUGACAAGGAUAGCCAACUGCAUCGUGCACAGCACUGAUAAGGGCCCCAACAGCGCCUUAGUACAGCAGCUCAUCAAAGAUCUUCCAGACGAAGUCAGGGAGCGAUGGGAGACGUUCUGCACAAGCUCCUUAGGAGAAACUAACAAGAGGAACACGGUAGAUCUAGCCUUUUCUGAUUAUCAGAUGCAACAAAUGACGUCCAAUUUUAUUGACCAGUUUGGCUUCAACGAUGAGAAGUUUGCAGAUCAAGAUGACAUUGGCAAUGUUUCUUUUGAUCGGGUAUCAGACAUCAACUUCACUCUCAACACAAAUGAAAGUGGAAAUAUUGCCUUGUUUGAAGCAUGUUGUAAGGAAAGAAUACAGCAGUUUGAUGAUGGUGGCUCUGAUGAGGAAGAUAUCUGGGAGGAAAAACACAUUGCAUUUACACCAGAAUCCCAAAGACGAUCAAGCUCGGGGAGUACAGACAGUGAGGAAAGUACAGACUCUGAAGAAGAAGAUGGAGCAAAACAAGACUUGUUUGAAUCCAGUAGCGCCAACACAGAGGAUAAAAUGGAGGUAGACCUGAAUGAACCGCCCAGCUGGUCAGCCAGCUUUGAUGUCCCCAUGGAGACAACGCACGGUGCUCCCUUAGACUCUGUGGGCUCUGACGUCUGGAGCACAGAGGAGCCAGUGCCGACUAAGGAGACAGGCUGGGCUUCUUUUUCCGAGUUCGCGUCUUCCCUGAGUACAAAAGACUCUUUAAGGAGCAGUUCUCCAGUGGAAAUGGAGACCAGCACGGAGCCAGUGGGCCCGCUGGCGCCCAGUGUGGCUGCGCUGGCAGUGCAGCCGGAAGCACCAGGCAGUGUGGCCAUGGAAGCCAGCUCUGAUGGAGAGGAGGAUGCAGAAAGUACAGACAAGGUAACUGAGACAGUGAUGAAUGGCGGCGUGAAGGAAACUCUGAGCCUCACUGUGGAUGCCAAGACAGAAACCGCGGUCUUCAAAAGUGAGGAAGGAAAACUGUCUACCUCUCAAGAUGCUGCUUGUAAAGAUGUGGCGGAGAGCCUGGAGACGGCAGAGGGGAAGUCUGCAGCCCCCCGGCCCCCCAGCAGCAGCCCAGAGCAGAGGACUGAGCAGUCGAGCAUGCCGGGCGAUGCGGCGGUUAACGGCCCCGUAUGAUGAGCGAGCUCCGCUGCCGCUGCUGCUGCUGCUGACCGGGGACCGCAGGCGCCACCGUGCGGGGUCCAGGGCUGCGUCGGGAGCCCACCGAGCCACCGCUGCUGCACUCACUCUGCAAGGGAUCAGGACCAGCAACCUUUAUAUUCUAGAGUCUAAGACGUUGUACAGAGAAACCCAGAAGUGUACAAAUAUUGCACAUUGACAAAUACCAAGAAUUUUUGCGUAUGUUUAUAUUGUAUUGUUCUAAAUAAUGGGUAGCCUGUGAAAUAAGAUCUUGCCACCCAUGUAAUAAUAGUAGUAAUACUAUAGUUAAAAUGGCUGUAAGAAUAGUUUUAUAAAAGUGAAUACACAGAUCUAUUGUAUUUGAAACAUAACUAUUUGACAAUUAUUAGUGUGACCAAAGUAUUAGGCAGUUUUCAUACAUUUUUCACCUUGUACAAAGUUCUGAAUUCAUUUUUCUUCCAGGUUGGCGAGGAGUUAUAGGAUUGAGAUGCCCUCUAAGUGUUAUUUUGGUUGUUCUAACUUACAAAAGUGAUUUUGAAUAAGAAAUACUUGGUGUUCUUUUUAUAACCAGUUUUUGAUUGGUAACUGUUUUCUGUAUUGUUUAAAGCGGAUCAAAAAAUGUAAGUCUAUUGGUAGAGAUUAAGUAUUUAUUGCUACAACUUAGUUGAUAAAUUGAUGUUAUUGUAAAGCCAUAUGUUCUGUUAAAGUCUUGUUUGCUUGAACUGAUUAUCCCUACAGGUGAAACACUAGAAUAUUUGGAGUGUACAUGGCUUGUGGUUUGGGUUUUUUUUUGUUUUUGUUUUUUGUUUUGUUUUGGUUGUUCAUCUGCCUUUUAACCCAUUCACCAAAAUUUACCUUGUUAACAAGCAACACCAAUGAAAGUUUCAGAGCAAUCUGCGUAUCUCACAUAUCUAAAUCAUAUUAGGCAAGUCAGUGGGAAAAUGCUCGUGCUGCUAAUGGAAUUAGAGUGCGUUCAUUUUACAGGCUAGUGUUUUUAAACUAGAAAUCAAAAUCCGGCACCUGAGCAUGUUAAUUGUUUUACUGUACCUUGUGAGGUUUUCACUCGUAAAUUCUAAACCAGUGUAUUUUUUUUUAAGAACUGGUUUGUGUACAUAUAUAGUGAUUAUGGAUACUAAUUCAGUGUAAUUUAUAAUUUUCUAUGUCAGUAUAAAAAUACAUCACAGCCUUCUCAAACAGCUGAAGCAAUAUAUUGUAUAUUGCCAUAUUGUCUGGUGAAAGGGUUAAAUUACUUCACCUCCUGCACUUUUAGAUGCAAAUCAGUUUUUCAUUUCUGUAAUAGAAAAUUAUUCACGUAUUUUUACAUCAUUUGUUUUUCCUGACCAGUAUUUAAAACCAAAAGGAUAUUCUGAAAAAUGGCCAACGAUUUUUUUUAGAAGUAGCAUCCCAAGCAGCGUGCCUAAACAUUACAUUGCAUAUGGAAAUAAAAAAAUCAAAUGUCUAAUGCCUUAUUUCUGAUUUACUUUUCCAUUGUAAAUGGUGUGGAAACCUUUCAUGAGGUUUCCCGAGGCAGACCUAGCCCUCAAGGACAGUGGAGUCGGCAGUGCCCCUGGGACAGACGGCAGGGCUGCUGUGCCUGGCCUUUGCGCGCCUCCUCAGGGACCCUUUCUGUUGGGAGCUCCUCUCAGAAGACACUGUCCUCGGGUGCUCUCCCCAGGACUCUAGCACUGCCAGAGGACAGGGCGCCCUUCGCUUGUCUCAAGGAUGCUGACUGAUGCGGCCCGGACCUCGGGGACUGUGGAAGGACGGCACGCUCUUGUCUCGCCUGGUGGAGAGCUUUGUGGGCACCGACCUGGCUCCAGGGGUGCACGCGCUGCCCCUGUACCGUCUGGAUUUGCUUGGCUUCUCCGUCCCACCCAAGGUAAACACGGUGUCUUAUUUCAUCCCACCCACUGCUGAUGAAAGGGCACUCAGGGUUUCUCCUUGGGGUGGUGUUUUGUUCUGCUCGACUCGCGUGGCAGGGAGGGGGCAUGGGUGGGCAGCACAAAGGCUGUUGGGGGUGGGAGGGUGUCAGCCCCGGGGGCAGGAGCAGUGAGCACAAGCUCACUGAGUUUCUACUUUCAUUUCUGUGGGUUGGCCAUACUGAAUGCGAGACUAACAGAUGUCUACUACACCAUACCUGUAUUAAAAAACGACAACAAAAUAAAGCCUGAUUCUUUGUUUCUA